CCAAACCUUAUAAAUUGUGUGCCUUUGUUAUAUUAAUCACAAAUAAAAUCACAUUUUUCUCACCUAAUCAUCAAAACUUUUUCUCUCUCUCUCUCUUUCUAUACAAAAUGGAGAAAAAUUCAUGGGCGGAUCAGUGGGACAACAAACAAUCAUCAUCAUCGGGAAAAACAACGGACGGCGGAGGUGCGUCGGCGAAAUACAAAGAGAAGGUGGAGGCUGGAUUAGGGAAGACGAAAGCUGCGGCGACUUCGGGGCUGAAGAAAGUGAAGAUAGGAACGUCUUUGGGUCUUAAUUGGGUUAAAGACAAAUACAACAAGUCCACCACUAAGAAUUGAUAUAUUCGUAUCUCUUUUUCUUGGAUUUUACAUAUUUGUCUUCUUCUUUUUGUUCUUUAUUAAACAAAUAAAAAUCUGUAUUGAUUCUUGCUUUAUUUUUUUAUGAUCGGAGAGAUUAUAUAAGACUUUUGAAUAUUGAUUUGGUGCGAUCGUUUUA